AUGGAAGGCAGCCCAGGCAGCCCCGGCCAAUCAGCAGCCAUGUCCUCUAGGGUGGCGCCGCAGGACACGGCUCUAACCCCGCCUCCUCCCGGCACUGACCUGGAGCGGAUAGAGGAGGAGGAGGAGGGGCAGGAGGGGCGAGGGGUUCCCGUGGAGACACAGCGGCUCUCGACUGGACUGCGGAAACAAUGGGCCAAUGGAACCUCUCUCUCUCUACUCUCUCUGCUUGCACUAACAUUCUGCAAGGGCAGCAAGGAGGAGAAGGAGAAAAAGAAGAAGAAGAAAGAAAAGAAAGAAAAGACAGAAAAGAAAGAAAAAAAGGAAAAGAAAUCCAAAAAGAAAGAGAAGCAGAGAGAGGAGGAAGAAAAGAAGAAGAAAGAGGAGGAAGAGAAAAAGAAGAAGGAGGAAGAGGAGAAGAAAAAGAAGGAGGCAGAGAAAAAAGACCCGCCCAAAGAGAUCUAUGUUGUGGACCCAGCUGGAAACAUGUAUUACAACUGGCUCUUCUGCAUCACGUGUCCCGUCAUGUACAACUGGACCAUCAUUAUCAUGAGGGCGUGUUUCGAGGAGAUGCAGCAUGACUACCUGAUGACCUGGUUCAUCUUAGACUACGUGUCCGACUUCGUUUACCUGUUAGACAUGGUGUUCCGCACACGCACAGGGUACCUGGAGCAGGGCCUGCUAGUGAAAGAUGAGAAGAAGCUGCGAGACCGCUACAAGAACAGCACCCAGUUCCGCCUGGACCUUCUAUCAAUGGUGCCCACUGACAUCUUCUACCUAUGGGUGGGCAUGAACUACCCGGAGAUCCGCAUGAACAAGCUGCUGCGCGUGAGCCGCAUGUUCGAGUUCUUCGAGCGCACCGAGACGCGCACCAACUUCCCUAACGUCUUCCGCAUCUCCAACCUCGUCAUGUACAUUCUCAUCAUCAUCCACUGGAACGCAUGUCUGUACUACUCCGUCUCCAAGUGGAUCGGCUUCGGUGACGAUGGCUUUGUGUACCCGGACCCGGUGGACCCCGAGUUCGCACGGUUGGUCCGAAAGUACGCGUACAGCAUGUACUGGUCCACGCUGACGCUCACCACCAUCGGAGAGACGCCGCCGCCCGAGAAAAACUCUGAGUACUUCUUUGUGGUCACUGACUUCCUGGUUGGAGUGUUGAUCUUCGCUACCAUCGUCGGUAACGUCGGCUCCAUGAUCACCAACAUGAACCAGGCCAGAGCAGACUUCCAGGCCCGUAUCGACUCAAUCAAGCAGUACAUGGCCUUUCGACACGUGUCCAAGGACCUGGAGCGCCGGGUCAUCAAGUCCUUCGACUACCUGUGGACCAACAAGAAGGCGGUGGACGAGCGGGAGGUGCUCAAGUACCUGCCCGACAAGCUGCGAGCGGAGAUAGCCAUCAACGUCCACCUGGACACACUGAAGAAGGUGCGCAUCUUUGCCGACUGCGAAGCCGGCCUGCUGGUGGAACUGGUGCUGAAGCUCCAGCCUCAGGUCUUUAGUCCUGGCGACUACAUCUGCAAGAAGGGCGACAUCGGGCGCGAGAUGUACAUCAUCAAGGAGGGGAAGCUGGCGGUGGUGGCGGACGACGGAGUUACGCAGUUCGUGGUGCUCAGCGACGGCAGCUACUUCGGCGAGAUCAGUAUCCUGGCCAUCAAGGGCAGUAAGGCAGGGAACAGGAGGACGGCCAACAUACGCAGUAUCGGAUACUCGGACCUCUUUUGCCUCUCCAAGGACGACCUGAUGGAGGCCCUGACGGAGUACCCGGAUGCCAAGGCCAUGCUGGAGGAGAAGGGUCGUCAGAUGCUGCUGAGGGACAACCUACUGGACCUGGAGGUGGCGGCACAGGGACCUGACCCCAAGGAGAUGGAGGACAAGGUGAUGCACAUGAGCUCGAGUCUGGAGGUUCUGCAGACGCGGUACGCGCGGCUGCUGGCGGAGCACGAGGCGGCGGAGUCCAAGCUGAAGAAGAGGCUGGCCAAGCUGGAGAGGAAGAUGGCCGUCAGCGCCGGCGUGGUCUUCUCCACCGAGAUGGUGGAGGCCGAGAAGAAGUAAAAAGAGGAAGGUCACGGAAAAGCCACAGGCUAAGAGGAGGAAUGAGAGAAGAAAAGCAUGAAGAGAAAGACAAAUGAUAAAGUUAUCAAAGAACAAAAGAGAGACACUGGACGGUGGAGGUGAACAAGGACACAUACGGGAGACAAAAAAAGCUCAACUCUUGACAGACUUUUACGGCGGGACUCUAGUAGUGAGCUUUUUGGUCCCUCAAACUGACAACUCUCCAUCUUGAAAACGUCUUUCAUUGGGGAAACAGGGAUCCUGUGCUUUGCUGGAAUCUUCUCAGAGGUCUGGUGUGGUGGAACACAACUGUAUAGUUUUUGACUUUGUUGGGAAAAGCAGGAUAAAAUGUAUGAUGUUCACAGAAUUGGUUCUGACAAAGGAGAGCCACGUUCUUUAUGCAGCAUUUUCAGUUGAAAACAUAAAAAAGGUAGAAGAAAACUUUUGUUUUGACAAAAGUUUCUCCCGCUUCCCCAGUCUUACUUCUGGAACAGGUCAUACAGGAUGUGUUUGGAGUUCCCCAGACUUUUCUGCAUAAUCAUUGCAGAAAAGAAGAUCUUCUGCCAAUGAAACCAUCCUUUCAAUCGAAACAUUGAAAAACAAUCAGGAAUGUACUCAUGCCUCAAACAUAACGCACCAUUGCAGUAGUACUGACAGUGCAUCACAUACAGUAGGGAAAAAAACAUUCAUACAGACAAGGCUUUCAGAUAUAGCCUAUAGGUUUUUUUGUCAAGUGCUUUUAUUACUACAAAUAUGUCUUCAAUGCUGCAGCUGCAUUCUCACCGUUCUCCACUCUAUUUUUGUAUAAAACUGUGUAAACCGCAAACUGUAAAUCUGAGUCAAUAUUGGGGUGUGUCAGAAUAUGCUUAACUGUAAGCUGUAGAUGCGGAGAAUGUGUAAAUGUGUAAAAGUCUACUCUGUUUGGAGAUAUUCUACUACUAAUAAACCAGGUGAUAAAUCA